AUGGCUGAAAAUUUGGCAGAAGUCUUGGUGGAGUAUGUAGAACAGAGACAAAUAGGAUCUGAUAAGGGAGAAGGCCAAGGAAGGAAGAGUGAAUUCAGUGAUAUGCUCUGGGACGACAUAGAAAAACUAUUCAAGGAGCUGACUGAUAAAUUUAAAGAGCAGAAUACUAUGGAGAGUGCGGUGUGCGAGGCACUCUAUGGGAAAGCCCCGACGUUGGUACUACAGAGGCUGAUAUGCCGGCACAUCGUGAAAAUAUUUGUAUACAUGGAUGGCACGGCAAAAGUAGUCCAGGGUGUGACAGAACUAAAUGCCGGGCAGACGCGUUGGAGGGACUAUUUCAAAUGUGUGGUAGGGAAUGUGACAUUAAUAAAGUUAUUUGAGCACAACUGUGCAGCAACGGACAUUAUAAAUCAGGUGUCAAGGGAAAUGAGUAAAAUAAGUGUCCUGCUUGGGGGCAAGAGUAACAGCAAAGAAUGUGAGGGCCUUGAUUAUGAUAGCCUGACAAUUGGCACGAAGUUUGUUGCUGGAACGAUGGGUGAAUGGAUAAAUAAGUGGAGAAUAACAUCCGUUGGAGGGUUAGGUGGGACACGAGCAAACAGAUCAUGUAGUAAACCAGGAAAUAUAACGACGGAGACAGGGAAAAAAGAUAGUGAAGAUGCGGAUGUAGUUAAACUGUUGAAGGACAGCACUGCAAGAGAUGUAGCGGGAUUAAUAGAGAAAGAGGCGAAAAUAACGGAACACGAGAGGAAAAGAAUAAUGGAGGCAGCGCAGGAUAAAGGAAGAGCGAAAAGUGUACUGGACGAAGUAAUGCGUGAAAUAGAACGCAAAGCGAACGGCCACGGAGGGGACAUUCAGGUGCAAGAUCCUAGAGCCCCCAAACCCGCCACCGGCACAACACCACAGGAACCGUCAGCGAAGGAGAAGGAGAAGAAGAAAGAGGAAGGACCACCAGCUAAGGUACCAGAAGUGCCGAAGACGGUUUCCCCGGACAAGAACACACCACAGGCAGGCAGCGGACCAGAUAGCAAGGGUAGGAAUGAUGAGGGGUUACCGGACGCCUUACCACAACCCCCAUCGGCCGCAGGGGCAGGUGGGCAACAACCAGGUCAGGGACCAGGACCUGGACAACAACCCCCACCACCUCCACCUGCACCGGCAGGAGAAAACGGGAAGAAGGGAACAGAGGCCCAAACGCCAAAGGAGCCUGUUACCCAUGACCAGACGGACAAAACUACAGGUAAGGAAACUACUUGUACCAAGGUUACGACUGUGUCCAGUGCUGGAGAAUCAUCCCCUGGAAAGAAUGCUGAUCGUAUUCAGGAGAACCUAGGUGGCACAGGGCAUUCUACAAUAUCUAUCUCUGUUCCAAUUACCACGCCCGAAUGUUCCGACAAAGGUCAAGCCGAUGCAAGUGCACCGAAGACUUCGGUUCAACAAGAGCAUGCAAAGUCACCACAGUCGGCCCCACCACCACCAGCCGAACCAGAUCCGGAACACGGUAAAGGCGAAGUAACAGCGUCCACAACACCAUCAUCAGGAACAGCACACCCGGCGACAACAACAACAGGACAUAUGGAGGAAAAACCCGUUGGCAACACAGAACAUGCUACACCUACAGUUCAGUCAUCCGGUGAAAAGGCUGAACCUGCAGCUCCAGGGGAAAACACUGACAGGGCUGAUAACAGUCAACCCGCCAGUGCAGGACCCGUCGCACCGAAUGCGGUAGUGAAGGGGGGGCCUAUUCAACAGGAGGAAGACCCCCCUCCUCUCAAUCCACCCAAACCAAAACCGAACCCGAACCCAAAUCAAUCGGGUACAACCCGUACCGGCCCCGGCGGCAUGGGCGGAGAACCGCCCUCAGCAGGUGGUGGUGGAGGAGGUAGUAGUGGUAGUGGUGGAGGAGGAGGUGCUGGAGUUGGUGGAGGUGGUGGAGCAGGUGGUAGCGGCACUGAACUUGUCACCCCUUCCCUGUUCCCCGACUUAAAAUGGGAAGCUGUCAAGUGGUACACCCCCGCGAUCAUCCCCGCGGUUGUUGGUAUUGGGGUCAUUGCGUUCUUCCUAUGGAAGGCAAGUACACUAGGUACAUCAUCGGGUAAUGUCACAAGCACAUAUGGCACUACGGAUGCAAUUACAACCGUAUCGUUUAGCGAUGGAACUACAGUUGGAACGACCACCGUAUCGUUGAGCGAUGGAACGGAUGUAGGCAAACGGGGUCAACGUAAAUUUUACGACGAUACGUCUACCGAUAAUUCCGUGAACAACACGAUGUUUGAUAACAUGAGCAGCAAAUUAAAACCCAAGGUCCAAGUAAAGGAGCCACGACAUGUAAAGACAAAGCCACAGGGGGGAACUGCGAAGGACAAGCUGAAGGAAUAUUGUCAGAAAUUGAAACGUUGUAAAAUGGGGAGGAAAGGAUGGUUGGGUCUUAUAUUAGUAGUCUCAGUUAUUUAUACAUUUAUUCAGGCCUGCUCAUACCCGAUCGUUUAUCUCCUGCUUAAUGUUGUCGCCGAUGUUUGGAACAGACCCGACUGGCCCCUUUUUGCAUUUCCCGCACUUAUAGCGCUCAUUUAUUUCUGCGCGUUAUUGUGGUUCUGCUAUUCAAAGAAAGGAAGAAAUAUAUUAAAGAAAAUUUGGAACGGUAUAACUUCCUCAGAAACAGACAAAAACCUGGAGGUACUCGAGAAAACUGAGGUACCUAAAGAACUGGAAGUAACAGAGAAGCAGAAGGCACCGGAGAAACCAAAAGUACCAGGCAAACUAAAAUUACCUUGGAAACUUAAAUUAUCGGGGAAACCAUGA